AAAGCGCAUUAUGCAUUGUCCAAUCAGAGAAGCCUCAGGUCCGAGCGGCAGCUGAAGAUUCUGGAUGCUAAUUUUUGAAGGGAUGCUGAAAUGGUACUGUAAAAGCAUCUCUGCGUUAAUGGAUCCACACGAGUCGUUGACUAUGGUAUAUAGUUCCUGAAUGAUACGCCCCAAUGUAAUGAGCCAAGCUUAGCUCAUUUCCUGCACAAGGCGUCGAACCACUAACGAUCCUCAUUUUCUCCUGUUUCCUUCUCUCUAUCGGAGCACUGACCCCACUGAAGCGCAAGCCCAUCAUGAAGCAAACCAUGGAAUCACCUCUGCUCGGAGGUGGUGGCUUAGGCAAUAAGAAGUCGAUGAAAAUUAUCUCGUUCCUUCUCGCUCUCAUGGUUCUCCCAUUUUUGGGACUUGUAACCAAAGGCAACACAAACUUCUGGGCGCAAAAACAUGAUAUUGGAAUAAAAGCCAAUCAACAGGAUAGCAUAGAGUCCGAGCUGGGAGUUGUUGCAGCCGAUGAUACGCGUUGUUCUGAAAUCGGAGCUUCAGUUCUUAGGCGUGGUGGGCAUGCUGUUGAUGCUGCAGUGGCAACUUCAUUAUGCCUUGGUGUUGUUUAUGCAACAUCAAGUGGCAUAGGAGGUGGGGCAUUCAUGGUCGUGCGAUCUUCUGCCCGGACGCAAGCUUUUGACAUGAGAGAAACUGCUCCUUUAGCUUCUUCACAGAAUAUGUAUCAGAACAAUCCCCAAGCUAAAAGCCAAGGUGCCUUGUCAAUGGGAGUUCCUGGUGAAUUAGCUGGCCUUCAUGAAGCUUGGUUGCAGCAUGGACGCUUGACAUGGAAAGCCUUGUUCCAACCAGCUGUAAACCUUGCUAAACAUGGCUUUGAUGUGUCGCCUUAUCUUGGAAACUACAUAGCUAAAUAUGCAGAUAGGAUAAUGAACGAUCCCGGGUUGAGAAAUGUAUAUGCUCCAAAUGGCAAUUUGUUAAAAACAGGGGAGACGUGCUAUAACGUGGAACUUGGACACAGCUUAGAGGUAGUGGCAGAACAAGGUCCACAAGCUUUUUAUAAUGGAACCAUUGGUGAAAAGUUAGUGAAGGAUGUGAGAGAAGCUGGUGGGAUUCUAACAAUGGAAGAUUUACGUAAUUACACGGUGGAAAUAACUGACGCAGUCACAGUGAAUGUGAUGGGAUAUACCAUAUAUGGAAUGCCUCCUCCUUCAAGCGGAACACUUGCUCUUUCUUUGGUUUUGAAUAUCUUAGACAGCUAUGGAAGUCCAGAUGCUGUAAAAGGGGAGCUUGGUGUUCAUCGGCUGAUAGAAGCUCUCAAACACACAUUUGCUGUUCGAAUGAACUUGGGCGACCCUGAAUUUGAAAACAUAACGAGUACUGUAUCAGACAUGCUUUCCCCUUCUUUUGCUAAGAAAAUACAACAAAAGAUACUCGACAACACUACUUUCCCUCCAGAGUACUAUAUGAACAGGUGGGCUCAACUCCGAGACCAUGGAACAAGCCAUUUCUGCAUUGUGGAUGCUGAUAGAAACGCUGUAUCAUUGACAACAACUGUAAACUGGGUUUUUGGGGCUGGUGUGCUUUCUCCUUCUACUGGUAUCGUGCUCAACAAUGAGAUGGAUGACUUCUCAGUGCCUACUUAUGUAUCACCUGAAAAACUCCCUCCAGCUCCAACAAAUUUUAUUCGACCAAACAAGAAACCAUUGUCUUCCAUGACUCCCAUCAUCGUCACCAAGGACGAUCGAUUGGUUGGAGUUAUUGGAGGCAGCGGUGGCUUGUUCAUCAUCGCAUCAGUGAUUCAAGUUUUUCUAAACCAUUUUGUCCUGGGAAUGGAUCCUCUGGAUUCAGUUCAGAGCCCAAGGAUAUAUCACACGCUUAUCCCCAAUGUAAUCAGAUACGAGAACUUGACUGCUCCUGAUGGUGACCACAUUGAGGUUUUGGAGGAAAUAAGGCAUUCCCUGGAAGACAAGGGUCAUCAGCUGAAAGAGGCCCAAUCACCAUUAGCCAUCACUCAGCUUAUAGUCCAAGAUCUCAAAACCCCUAUCAACAUGAACAGGAAGAUCAGUAAAGACACCAAUUCUUAUACAAAACAUGGCACCCUGACUGCUGUAAGCGACCCUAGAAAGGGUGGGAGUCCAGCUGCCAUCUAAUUGGCCAUCAAUAAUUCAGAUUCAUGCAGUCAUAUAAACUUGGGGAGACAUUUAUGCACAAUGUUUGAAAAUACACAUAAAGGGAGUGGAUAGAUGUCGGUUGCAAUUUUAUAA